AUGGCUUCUAGCAUCAAUUCCACGAGCGUGCCACCCGGCAUGCUGCCGCAUGACCCUUCUGUCGCAGCGUGCAACGUGACGAGAGGGCUAUUCGAUCUUGAUAGUAAUCUCUCCGCUUUUCGCAUCACAGAACCACCUUGUCGAUUCAGAUUCCACGGCAUCACCUACCGUAUUAGGGUUAGCGCUCAUGUGUUCUCGUGGCUGGAUGACAACAACAAUGAAACAGCUGACUCGCCAAAACCUCGUCUUCUUCUUCUUCAACGCGCUCUCUGUGAUACGCAACCUGGGUGUUGGGAGACCUGGAGGAGAUUCAAGGGAAGGGAGUGGCACGAAUGGGUUGGCCUUCCGUACAUCAUUGAGGUCUCCAAACGCGCAACUAGCCAAGAUGUGCCUCAGCCGGUGAUGGAAUGGGAGGACGCAAUACGACUGAAUCCCGAAGAGCACCAAGCUUUUACAUGGGCAACAGAGGAUGAGGUGCGAAGUGGCAAGUACAAAAUGUUCGGAAACCACAAGGAGGCUAUCCUCGAGGCUUUUGCGACAGUGACUCAGAAUCGCUCGGUGUAA